AUGGACCAACAGAGCGACUUCCGGAUCGUAGAGUUUACCCCCAAGUACUCCGAGGCAUUUAAGCGCCUGAAUGUUGAAUGGAUCACACAGCAUUGGGAACUGGAAGCAGCGGAUGAGAAGACCUUGGACCGACCGACUGAGCAUGUCAUCGACAAGGGAGGGGCUAUUCUGAUUGCUCUUCACCAGAACAACCCCGUUGGAUCUGUUGCCCUGAUCCCGUACGACAAUUCAACGCUGGAACUCGCGAAAAUGGCCGUUUCGCCAGAAAUCCAGGGCAAAGGGAUUGGAUUGAUGCUUGGCGAAGCCGCUUUGGAAC